AGAGACUCACGGAAGUUGUAGUCUCGCGUUUACCAGAAGCUAUAGCGGACUUCCGGGCCACGUGAGUCCUAGACGGUCCCUAGAAAGCCAGCGUGUCGCGGGGGCCUCUGGGCGUUGUAGUCCUGCGCGCGAAGGUCGCUGGGAUCUGCAGUCCGUCCCGCCUGCCCAGUCAGCGCGGUGUGGCCCUCCCGGCACUCGGAGUCCGGAGCCGCGGCCCAGGGGGAUGCGGGAGCCCCUGGCUCGGGGAAGCGGAGAGGCAGGCGGGGUGAGGGGCGUCUGCAGGCAAAGGGCGGGCGCCGUGGCUGGCAGGAGCCGAGGACGGUAUGUCCCAGGCCCCAGAAACGCGGCCGAGCCCACCCUCUGUGUACCACGAGCGGCAGCGCCUGGAGCUGUGUGCAGUGCAUGCCCUCAACAACGUGCUCCAGCAGCAACUCUUUAGCCAGGAGGCCGCCGACGAGAUCUGCAAGAGGUUGGCCCCAGACUCCCGACUGAACCCCCACCGCAGUCUGCUGGGCACUGGAAACUAUGAUGUCAACGUGAUCAUGGCCGCCCUGCAGGGGCUAGGCCUGGCUGCCGUGUGGUGGGACAGGAGGAGGUCCCUGUCCCAGCUGGCACUGCCCCAGGUACUAGGACUCAUCCUGAACCUUCCAUCGCCUGUGUCCCUGGGGCUGCUGUCCCUGCCGCUGCGCCGGCGGCACUGGGUGGCCCUGCGCCAGGUGGACGGCGUCUACUACAACCUGGACUCCAAGCUGCGGGCCCCCGAGGCCCUGGGGGGUGAGGACGGCGUCAGAACUUUCCUGGCGGCUGCCCUGGCGCAGGGCCUGUGCGAGGUGCUGCUGGUGGUGACCAAAGAGGUGGAGGAGGCAGGCUGCUGGCUACGGACAGACUGACCCUGCGGCUGCGGACAGACGGACCCCACGCCACCUUCCCACUGCGCAGACUGCCUCCUGGCACCCGCCUCAGGCACCCCUUCUUGGGGAACAUCCAGGGAGUUCCAAGGAAGGGCCUGGGCCCCAGGGGCCCCAGGGAGGACCAGGGAGGACCAGGCCCUUCCCCACAUCCCCGCUCCCCAAUGCCACUGCUGCCUCAAUAAAUCCAUUAGUUUGCCA